AAAGCAAAAUAAAGGUAGAAUCGUUCUAGAGCACCUGGCAACAGAAUUUGUUUAAUGGCUGCUUCCAUACGAACGCUACAAGAAUUUUAGUUUACAAAUAAUGCACUGUUAAUACACGAAUUUCUGUAAAAUUACAGUGGCUUUCAGGCGCUAAUCGUAAUGGCGUCUAUUUUAAGAAGUGCGGCUGCCGCCGUAAAUAACAAAGGCAUGCCGAGUUCGUUUUAUAGCAAAGAUAAAACAAAUCCAGUUUUUCAGUCUCUUGAUAAAGAGAUAAAGCAGUUUAUGGGAUUCAUCAAAAAGAGAAAUUCGAAAGGUUAUCAAAAGCCAAAUGAAGAGGCACAGUCGAGAUCUGCUGACACAUUGUUUGAAAUUUGGAACAAGUAUGAGCCAAGACUUCCCAGAGCCUACUACCAAGAGAAGUUGCUGGAAGUCGGGGACUUCCUCAUGUCUGCAAAGGAAUACAGCUUGGCUCUGUGGCAGUGUUAUGAUAGAUAUUUGAUGCACUUUGGAAACAUAAAUGUAGUAGAAAUCUCUGAUAUAGACACAUUCAAGUCAACUUUCUUCAAGAAUGGCUUUGAUGGUGAUAGUGCAGGGCUUACCUUCCGUGCCCUGAUGGGUAAGUGUAUCAGCAUGUAUCAGGUAGUGAGAUCCUCAGAUCCCAAGUUACAGAAUGCUCAAAAUGUUGCCAAUUGUGUGGAGAUAUUGACCUUUUUAAGACUGGUCACUCAAAUCAUUCUGCCCAUUGAAAAAUUAUGCUGGCUAGUUUACAAUGGUACUAUCCACAUAUACAGUAUAUCACGUUACUUGAUGUCCCUGGGUCAUUCAGCAAAGGUUUUGGAGUAUCUCCUGUGGGCCUGCAUGUGUAUGGAGACUUCAGUACCUCUUCUUACAGUCAAAUAUCUCUCUUGGAGGUCAACACUCUAUACAGCCGUAUGCCAGAGUUAUUUUGACUGCAAGGCAGCAGAACAUGCUGAGAGUUUUGCUAGACGAGGAUUAUCUAAGAUACAAGAGCUAAGUCAGCUUGAAUCAAUGAGCAAUGCAGAGGACUCCCCUGAGAGAGAGAUUGCCUUUAGACAAGCUACAAUUAAGAUGGCCAUAAUGGUGUUCCGUAGAUCUGUGUAUGAAACAAGAAGAAGACCAAAGGGUUUGCUGAGACCAAAAACAAGAGCUAACCUUAAGGAUGCCCAAAAUCUACAAUGGCCGCGUACGCCCAGUGAGAAGUUGUUACAAGAUAUGUUUGAAGGGAGCUCCACCCAGCUAUUGUGUAUCCUAGAGGCACUGAAUGAUACAAACAGAAGGAUCCUAAUCACAUCUCCACCGGCCCCGGACUCAGAAGUGGAGAUUCUGGAUGUGUAUGCUGAGCUGUUUAUGGCAGCACAAGAAAUUUUAGCAGGUAAUAUUAAUUCAGUUGUUGUUUUCUUCCCAACGUUUUUAGAAUGUGGCCUUAAGCUUUAA